CCGUCGUUAAACAUGAUCAAAUCCAAUUGAUCCUUAUUUUCCGCAAGCCUACACUAUCGACGACCCUCUACACAGAUCCCAAAGUCUUCACAAAGACCUCGUGUUCUGACCACCUCAUUUUGUUCACACUUUACAUAAACAGGUGAGCAACCUUAUCAAGCUUAUCAAGCCUUCUGGCACAAUUCAACCUUCAAGUAAUUGUCGCAUUAUACCAUUCCAAGCAAUGUCUCUCAUCACCGACGAUCUUCUCCUAAAACUAUGGGAGAAAGCCCAGGAACAAUCUUCCGAUGCACGGGCCUCAGCAAAGCUAUGGAACCAUCUAUGGGGCAAACACUUCUUCUCUGAGACAAACUGGGUUCUUUCCCAGAAGACUGUGGAGAAUGGUGAUCGCCAACGGGUGGAUAUCACCAUAGAACGUAUGGGGGAAGAUGGGAACUUGACAGUUGUUGUCUUUCAUGAAGCGAAUGCAUUGGAGGCAGUGCCUAAGGAGGUUCAGAAGGCUGAGGGGCGAGUCUAUGAUGCUUGUAUGAGGUAUCUCGGUGAAAAUCCCGGGUUGCAGUUUGCGUAUGCGUUUACUUCAUCUGGAUCAAAGGGGAAAGCAUGGCGGUGCGUUCGUGGAGGCGAUCGGUUGUUACUCCUGUUUGAGGAUCAUAGUCAGUACGUUGAGGUACAUUCCCAGGAGGGUGAGAUUAUCAAGCGAGCUGCCCAGGAAAUGAGGCUGCCGAUAGCUACGUUACCAUAGUGGCUAGUUAGUCGACUAAACUCGUGGAUUUAUAACGUGGGAUGGAGAUUGAAUGAACAACCCUG